AUGAACAACAUGUCCGGAAAUCACUCGGGCGCUAACCGCAACAGCACCCCGGAGGCGAACGCGGGCUCCUCGCUCCGCCCUCCCUCUUCCCGAGCCGUGGGUGCUGGCCAUUCUCUCCGCGCGUCUGCCGACGUGGCUGCGUUGACGGGCUCCUCUGCAGCCAGUCGCAUCCGUCCUUCGUCCGACUUUUAUGGCCAGAGCCAGCAGGGUCAGGGAACGGGAGGGUCUGAAAAUGAUCCCCAGGACAAACUUGCCCAGCAAUGGAUCGCGGACAUUGACCAGUACGAGACAACGCUGGAGGACAUGGCCGCCGCGACGCUGGACCAGGACUUCAAGGAUGAGCUGAGUGCUAUUGAGCAAUGGUUCCGCGUCCUUAGCGAGGCCGAGCGAACGGCUGCUCUCUACGCACUCUUGCAACAAACGACACAAGUGCAGAUUCGCUUCUUCAUCCAGGUUCUCCAGCAAAUGGGUAAAAACCACCCCAUGUCGGGCGUACUGUCCCCGGCAAACUUUGACAAGGAUCCCAUGUCGAACCGCCUGAGUGAUGCCAUGAGCAAGCUGAAUGUGGAGUCCAGCCGGACUUCCUAUGCUAGAAACUCGACCGUUGGCUCGACGAAGCGUAACUCUGUGCUCGACCCCUCGACGGUCAACGCCAUGUUCCCCGAUGCCGCUGCCGCCAUUGCUACCGAAAAGGCCAAGUUCACCCAGCAGACCGGCAACCCGCCGCCUUCCAACAGGAACAGCCUUGCCGUCGACCCUGCUCGAAGCUCGAUGCCGCCUCCAGGGUUCUCUGGCGAAUCUAACACUGGUAAUCAGUCGUCCCAGACGCCCAUGGGCCAGUUCGUCCAGCCCCCUCCAUCCGCAGGCCUACGCUCUCCUCGACCCCCUCUGUCGAACAACGCACCAAUCCAGAACACGACGUUGUCUGCGCCUGACAAGAACCAGAGUGAAUUGCCGAUGCUGUCGCCGUACAAUCCAAACGGAGGCAACUGGGCCUCCAUGGUCAACACUCCGAUGACAGCCAACUUCAAUAAUCAGGGUGGCAACAACAACAAUAACGGAGGGAACCAAGCCGACAUGAUUGCGAAUGCGACGGCCAUGAAGCUUGCGGCGUUGUCCACCGUCAACAACCGCUUCGCUUUGGACGAUGUCCGCAAGUACCGCAGGACGAGGUCGAACGAUGCAUCUGGAAAGGGUCAGGUGCCGGCUUCGCCUGGACCCCAAAACAUGAACUUUCCAGGCACCAACGUUGUCAUGAUCAACGAACACGGUCAGGUCUUGAGCCAGGAGCAGAUUAUGGCUCUGCAGGCCCAGCAGAACAUGAACUUUCAAGGUCAGCGGUCGAGGCCCAACUCCCCUGGUGCUGCCAUGCAACCCGGCAUGGGGCCUAUGCACUCUUUUGCGUCCCCGCAAAACAAUGGUUUCUUGAGUGCUUACGAUGGGUCGUCUGGGCUGAUGAACAACGGUAUCCCGACUGUCAAUCUGGGCCAGCUUGGAGUCACCGGUCACGAGGGCUAUCUGUCGGACCACUCCGACAUGGCGCGAGGACGCUCUCCCCGUGGACGUCGCGGCAGCUCGAAGCCCCCAGAGGACCCGACCGAUCCUACCUUGUUGCAGGACAUCCCAAGCUGGCUGCGCAGCCUGCGUCUCCACAAGUACACCGACAAUCUUAAGGACAUGAAGUGGGUUGAUCUGGUCGAGCUGGAUGACAAGGCCCUGGAACAGCGUGGCGUCAAUGCGCUGGGUGCUCGGCGCAAGAUGCUCAAGGUGUUUGAGCAGGUGAAGGAAGCGAAAGCCGAGGGCAAAAUUGCCCACCGGUCCGGGUCGGAAGCUUCUGACGCAGAUUCUGAUCUCGAGGAGUUGCAGGGAGACAUAGCCAAGUUCGAUGCAUCAGUACGAGACUUUCUGGCUUCCCAUCGCGGCGCAGACAAGAGCGCGCCCGCAGCAGCAGGUUCUUCUGCGCCCUCCAUCCGUGGGGGGUCCUCCCUUCGUGGCCGACUGCGUGGCCCGCGUCAGGCAGCCAAGCCCAGGGGCGACAUCACGGCUAGGCUCUCCAAGGUCAAUCAGGCCUUCCUGGCAGGCGACUAUGAGCGCGCCCUCGAUCUCGCCUCCGAGGUAGUCCGCAUCAAUGCCGAGACGCAUCAGGCAUGGACGACCCUGGCCUCCGUCUUCCGGGAGAUGGGGGAAAUCAACAAAUAUCUCUCCGCCUCUGUCUACGCCGCCCAUCUACGUCCAAAGGAGGUGCACGGCUGGCUUCAAUGCGCUUCGACUGCUCUCGAGAUCAUUGAGACACAGGGAAGUGAUCCGGAAACGCUACAUACAGCUCGCCUCUGCUACUCAGCUGCCCUUCGUGCCGAUUCGAAGAAUCUGGAAGCCAGGCUGGGCAAGGCAAACGUCUGCCAUCGUCAGGGCCAUUUGGCCGUGGCCAUCAACGAAUACAAGCACGUACUCCGGAGACGCCCAGAUGAUCUCGAUGUCGUCCGCCAGGUAGCCGAAGCGGCCCUCGACAGUAAGCACUCCGAGUCGGCCGUGAACUCUGCCGUCGCUGCGUACAAGAAGUACUUUGAGAUCCAGCUCUCGAACCCGGCCAUAGUGCCAGACCAGGAGCUGUGGCAUGAUGUCGGCAUAUACAUUGAACUUCAGUCGUCGCGUCGUCACUUUCAGGAAGCCAUACAGGAGCUUAGACGUCUGGCUCGAUGGUUGGUCGGCAGAUCCUCAGAAAAGUACUGGGACGAGUACGACGAGGAUGAUCGUGAGUGGGACGCCGAGAAUACGCGACGGCGUCAAGUGCCACAGUUCAAACCUGCCGAGACAGACGUGCGGUUAUACGGCGAUUCGCUGCCGCUUGAUCUGCGCGCCCGCCUCGCCGUCUUCCGUCUGGGGCUGGAUCAUGAUGAAGAGUCAUUUAAACAUUUGUCGUGGCUGGAUCCUACCGAGCAUCAUACCCGUGAAUUCGCCCAGGAUUUUCCUUUCUUGGUGUAUGAACUCGCUUGUGAACUCACAGCACGCGAUCAUCCAGCUUUCGCAGCCAAGUACCUUGAAGUACUUCGCGAGGUAGCCGGCGAACCGGACGCCGCAGUCUUGUUGCAGCUGGGGCGGGCUUAUCUCUACAGCAGAGAGCAGGCAGCGGCCGAGGAAUGCUUGCUCACUGCUUUGGAGAUUGAUCCAGACGCCAUCGAGCCUCGCGUGGAGCUGGCCAACCUUUACGAGUUGGCCAGGGAAGAUGAAGAGGCCCUGAUCUUGGCAGCAGAGGCCAUGGCUCUUCGCGAGGCCCGCUCCACACACAACGAAGCUGAGGCAAGAACAGCAGCGGGCGGCCAGCGACAAUCUCGUGCGGGCCAACGCAAGUCCGGCACUUCUACACGGAGAAAGCCACAGGCUCGGCCUGCAGACCCGACGGCGCCCAAGAAAUCGGUCAUUCCUAGAAGGUAUCGACCGAAACGUCUGGGCGCACCUGGUCAGCGAAGAAAGGAGGAACAAGAGCACGCUGCCAAACUGUCUCGUCAGUACGAGACCGUGGUCGGGCUAAAGGAGAGCCUAAGGGCUGGUCACCUGGAGCUCAAGGACGAGUGGAUGCAAUCAUCCCAAGCGCUUGUUGAUGACUUUAGGUCACUCAAGCAGUUCUAUUCGUGGGAUAAAUAUCUGCAGCUGUUGGGAGCCCAGAGUUCCUUCCAGCCGCCGGCCCAGGGACAGCCUGGAAGUGAGCUUUUCCAGCUGUACGAGCGUCUCACACGCACUCUUGUACCUCAGCCAGAUCAAGCCCGGGGUGACACGCAGGCUAGUGGCGUGAGUGGUCACCAAGGCAUUUCGUUUGAUCAGUGGUUGGACAUCUUCCUUGACUACGCCGUGGGCUUAGCAAUCGACUUUCGCCGAGAAGAGUCGUAUCGAGUGUGCGAGGCUGCGCGCGACUCGACCGUGUUUCAAUCUUCAGCCCACAAUUUUCGCAUCCAUAUCGCUUGGAGCAUCUGCGCCGUGUUUACCAAUGACGAAGAAAAGGCCAUCCAGGUUGCCCGGCAUCUGAUGAAAGACGGCAUCAACUCGGACUCGGAUCGGAUGUUUGCCAUGCUGGCGAGCCUCUGCCAGUCGCCCAUCAUCUGGUAUACGUCAGGUCCAGCGCAAAAGUUCGUUCUUCGCCAGAUCAGAGCUUUGGACACUGAGCAAAUGACCGCGUUGUCGAAAAGGAGUGAUAUAGGCACCGAAGUCAACAAAGCCCUUCGUGAAGAUAUCCGACUGGACGCAUGCCUGCUGAUGAUGUACGGGCACAUUCUAUUCACAUCCACGAGCUACACAUAUGCUUUAGGGUACUUUCUACGCGCUCAUUCUCUGGACCCCGAGAACCCGAUGAUCAGCCUCAGCAUCGGGCUUGCAUAUGUACACUACGCGCUGAAACGCCAGGCGGUCAAUCGCCAGUACCUGAUCCUGCAGGGUCUGGCGUUCUUGACCCGUUACGUGGAGCUCUGCAAGAAAGAAGACAGCGAGGCGUCCAUGGCUGAGUUGUACUACAACAUUGGCAGACUCCAUCAUCUCUUGGGGAUAUCCUCACUGGCGCUACAAUUCUAUUCCCAGGCAGCGUCAUACCUGGACAGGGACGACCCGGACAUGAAAGAUCUCGGACUGAUGAUUGCGACAAAUCAGAUCAUCACGCACCUCGGUAGUGACAGGCGCAGAACUGCACUGAAGCUCGUGAAGGAGCAGGUCAUUCUAUGA